GCAAGCCACAGCCUCUUUCCAAUCCCAUUUGAACUUCACCAAUAAAAAAUAAUGUUCAUUUCUUUCUUCACUGUUAUUCAUCAGCACUAGUGCCGAAACAGGAAGCACGGGUGUAGACAGGAACAACGACAUCCGGAUACUUGAAACUGAACCAACACUGAGCCUAGGCUCAUCAAACAUUCUGCUAUGAAUUUAGAGCUACUGGACCCCUUUGAGCAGGACUUUCCAGAGGUUAUUGAGGACACACUCGAGGAUGGCCCUGCAGUGACCGUCAAAUUUAAUCGUCGGGGCACGCUUUUGGCUGCUGGGUGUUCAGAUGGAAAGAUUGUCAUCUGGGACUUUGAUACGCGGGGUGUCUCACGAUCUUUGAUUGGACAUGUCAAAUCUGUGACCAGCCUGAGUUGGGCGCGUAAUGGUAGAUAUUUGUUAUCGUCAUCAAGAGAUUGGAGCUGUAUUGUAUGGGAUCUAUUGUCAGGGACAAAGAAGCACACCAUUCGAUUCGAUACACCAGUUCUUAAUGCACAAUUUCAUCCAAAAAAUAACUCGGUAUUCAUUGCUGCUUUACAUCAGGAGAAACCAGUUCUUGUUGAUUUUUCUAAUGGCGUAAAUCGAUCUCCUAUUUUUGAAGAAAAUCCUCCCAACAACAACAACGACAAUAGUAACAGAGAAGAGGACUCGACUAAACAAAACUCAUCAUCAGCAACGGGAACUAAUGCUGGGCAAACACAGCUGACACUGGUUGUUACGUUUGAUCGGCAGGGCAAGCGAGUUUACACAGGAUCAAAUCGUGGUCUGAUCAGCAUUAUUGACACAGAGACGCGAACUCUUCUUCAUGAAAUACGAGCAACUACCAGCGCGAUCAAAAAUAUUCAGUUUAGCAGGAAAGGGAAAGAAUUUGUCGUUAAUGCGAACGACAGGGUGAUCCGGCUAUUUACGGUUAAUGAGCAAGGUCCACCAGAGCAAGUGCAUAAAUUCCAGGAUUUAGUGAACAGGAUUCAAUGGAACCAAUGCUGUUUCUCCAGCGAUUCAGAUUAUGUUAUUGGAGGCUCUGCACAUCAAACUCAACACAACAUCUACAUUUGGGAUAAAAUUGGAGGAUUUCUUGUCAAGAUUUUGGAAGGACCCAAGGAGCCAUUGGAGGAUGUAGCAUGGCAUCCAAUUAGACCGAUUGUGGCAUCCGUCUCUAGUUAUGGGAUCAUUCACAUUUGGGCAACAAACUAUCAAGAGAAUUGGAGUGCAUUUGCACCAGAUUUCAAAGAACUUGAAGAAAACAUAGAUUAUGAAGAACGAGAAGAUGAGUUUGAUAUUGUUCCGGAAGAAGAGGCCUCAAAACGAAAACAUGAUGAUGAGGAUAUACUUAUAGAUGUAACGACCAUUGAAAAGGUUAAUCCUUUUAACGACUCUGACAGCGAUAAUGGCGAAGAAGAAACAUUUUAUCUACCAUUACUUCCCAGUGACCAGCAAGACGCGGAGUUACUCAACCAAAAACAUCAUCGCCGCCACCGUCGCCACCAGCACCGUCGCCAUCAUCACCAUCAUCGUAAUAACAACCAAAGUCAUCACACCAAUGAGAACGAUAAUAAUGGCCAUCGAUAUCUCAGACAUGAUCAAAAUAAUAGCCAUAGCCAUAGUCACUCACAAUCACAUACAUCGUCAAAGCAACAAAUAGUACCAUCAUUGUCGCAAGGCCAUAAUGGUAAUAGUAUCAUCAAAGAUGAAGCAAUGGAGCAUUAUACUGCUACGGAGGAUCCAAAACGAGAUUUGAAAGACCGGAGCCGUGAUAGAGAACGAGAUCGGGAUAGGGACAGGGAUCGAGAGCGUGAUCACGAACAAGAUCAGGACAGAGGACAAGAGAGAGAAUAUGACAGAACCAAGGAUAAAGACAUAGAUCUUGAUCAUGAGGAGAAGCAUAAGCGUAGGCAGCAACAACGGUCCGAAGAGAGUGACAAUGAAGAUGAGCAGGGUUUAGAUGUAAGGAGUACAAACGGGGAUGAUCACGACUACAAUCGAGACCGAGACCGAGAUCUACAUAUCAGCAAUAAUAACAACAGUAAUAAUCAUACCAAUAGUAGUGCCUCAAGGCGAAAACUGGAAGAGCAUCAACAACAUUCACCCUCGCGAAAUGUCAAGAGGCAGCGGUGAUAAAAUGAGUUCUCCAUUAU